AUAAAUCAAUUCAAUGCCAAAGACAAUUCUACAUAUAUUGUUCACUUACUAAAAACAAGCUUGACAUCACUUGUAGCAAGUAAAUCAGUAUAAAUAGAAUCAUAGUUGGAUUGAAAUAAUAACCAAAUCACACAACUUGUCUCUACUUUCCUAUCUAUACUUUAAGAAUUACCAACAAAAAUAAUGGUGUUAGGUACAAGCAACAAUGAUCUCAUGGCUGAUUUAAAGGCCUUUGAUGAGUCAAAGUUAGGAGUAAAGGGGCUUAUUGAUGCAGGUGUAGAUAAGUUACCCCCUAUAUUUGUGAACAAACAACCUACGUCCCCACGGUCGGUCAAGGCCUCGAACGAGUCGCAACAAUGUAUUCCGGUGAUAGAUUUGGCCGGAAUCGAGGAUGGAGGGGCGGAGAGACGAAAGGAGAUCAUGAAGGAGGUGUCCGAUAUAUGUGAGAAGUGGGGGUUCUUCCAAGUGGUGAACCAUGGGAUACACCAAGAUGUGUUGGAUGAAAUGAUCAAAGGUGCUAAGAGGUUCCAUGAGUUGGACCCCGAGGAAAAAAAGUCGUACUAUGUACGAGGGGAUGAUACUAAAAAGAAGUUUGUAUACACUUCCAAUUUUUAUCUCUAUACUGGAUCCGUCACUAAUUGGAGGGAUACUACAGUGUGUCUUAUGAAUCCUAUGCCUGAGCCUGAAGAAUUCCCUGAAACUUGCAGAGACAUCAUUAUGGAGUAUGGAAAAGGCGUUCAGAAGCUUGGAUUCACAUUCAUGGAGUUAUUAAGUGAGUCAAUGGGCGUAAAAGCAGACCAUCUAAAGAGCAUGGAUUGUGGUGAAGACUUCAUAUGUUUAACCCACUAUUAUCCACCAUGCCCACAACCAGAAUUGGCAAUAGGAAUCAAUCAACAUGCUGAUAAUGACACUAUCACAAUUCUCCUACAAGAUGAAAUUGGUGGACUUCAAGUUCUUCAUGAUGAUCAAUGGUAUGAAGUUCCACAUAUUCCUGGAGCUUUGGUUGUUAACACUGGAGAUAUGCUACAGCUCAUCAGCAAUGACAAAUACAAAAGCGUAAUUCACAGGGUGCAGUCCAAGAAAAUUGGGCCAAGAAUUUCAGUGGCUUGUUUCUUUAGGCCAAAGAAGGGAAACCCAAGGUUGUUUGCACCAAUCAAAGAGUUAUUAUCGGAAGAAAAUCCUCCAAUUUACCGAGAGACUACUAUUGGUGAAUAUCUGGCUAAUUAUGUAUCAACUGGUCAAGAUUAUGGUGUCCAACCUGCUCUUGAACGCUUCAAACUCCAACGUUAAACUCAUAUGAUAAUAAUUACUUCCUCCGUAACAUAAAAAAUGCAACAAUUGAAUAUUUUAUACCAUAAAUAAUACCCAAUUAUUGCAUUUUUUCUGUUACCGAGAAAUUAAUAUUAUAUUAUCGUGCCUUUGAAUAAAUUAAGUAAAUUCAUCCUAAUAAUUUUUUUUUUUACUACUUUGUACUAUAAGAGUCUUCUAUAAGACAGUGGUAGUUAAUAUAAUGCUUUCAUUAUACCAUCACGUACAUGUUUUGUUCUACCAUUAUAAAUUACUUCAUACCUCCUCAGUUUCUUA